UUCAUGCAAAAGUUGCAGGAAAGAUCUCCCUCUGACUGCUGAUCUCGUUUCCAUGGAAACGACACCAUAACGCUGUGGCGAACUCACUCAGUGACGUUCACUUGUCCCCAGCACAAACUGUUAAACGGAGAGCAGGAUGUCGGAGGGAGAGGAGGCCGGGACGCUGUCGGAGGGAGAGGAGGCCGGGGCGCUGUCGGAGGGAGAGGAGGCCGCGGCGCUGUCGGAGGGAGAGGAGGCCACGGCGCUGUCGGAGGGAGAGGAGGCCGCGAAUGAGGAUGGACAGGAGGAAAAUAUGUCCGACAAAGAGGACCAGAUCGAGCCAUGCCCUCUGACCAAGGAGAUUCUGAUCCCCGGGUUGUCUCUUUUGUGUCGCACCGGGAACGGCCUGGCACACGCCUUCGUUAAGCUCCAACUGGAAAACAGACGUCUGACAGACAUGGUCCUGGUCAGCUCAUUUGUCCACCUGCGUUUCCUGGACGUGUCAUCCAACCACCUCUCUGACCUUUCACCCCUGGCUGCCCUCACACAGCUGCUGUGGCUGAAGGGCGAUGGUAACAUGGUGGCCGGGUUCAGAGGUCAGCCCUUGGGUCAGCUGACAUACCUACAGUGGCUGAGUCUGGCCCUGAACCGCCUCAAAGACCUGGAAGGCCUAGAAGGUCUCGGCCUAGAGAGCCUCAACCUCAUUGGUAACGGUAUCCAGAGGGUGUCGGGGCUACGGUACCAUCACCUGACCAACCUGGUGACUCUGGAACUGAGAGGAAACAAACUGGAGACCACCGACGGGAUAUACCUACCCAACCUCCGACGCCUCUACCUGGCCCAGAAUACUAUCAAGCGACUGGAGGGUCUGGGUAAGCUGGAGCGUCUGACCACCCUGCACCUCCGAGACAACCAACUGGAGACUCUAGAUGGAAUCAGUCCCAACAUGAAGUCCCUGCAGUACCUCAACAUCAGGGGAAACCUGGUGUCUGCCCAGCGGGCCUUGCGUAGUCUGGUGGGCGUAUCCAGGACAUUGCGAGCGCUGGUCCGCGGAAACCCUCUCGUGGAGACGGAGGACUACCGUCUGUGUGUCCUGAGCCGCCUGCCGUUGCUGGAGCCCGACAAGGAACCCAUCUCUCCUGAGGAGAAGUCUGAGGCCCAGGAGAAACUCAGG